AUGAAGCUGCUUCUGUUUGUGUUCGCAUUAUUUUCUGUCCUUCAAUUAUCGCAUUCAACUCCAUUGGGCAGGAAAACUGGCAUAAAUGUGGGCGAUUUGAAGAAAGGUUUGCAGCUUCGUAGCGAUCUAAACCUUACUAUGUGCCUGUAAUUGUAUAAAAUCGAUCUUCAGAAGAAUACAUCACGUGUUUCGUAAACGACUGCUACCGAUAUUACGGCGACCCCGAAUACAAAUGCAUCCCGACCAGCAGCUGUUACGGGAAGUUGUAUGACAAAGAUGGAAAUUUCAUCCGUGAUGUCCGAGUAUCUUUCUCUAGAGUCCUCAAUAAACCUAUACAGAUCGGUUCCCUUGCAUAUUUAUUUUGUCACAAUGGUUCAAUAAACCAAUCCGAUUAG